CACCGGUUAAUUUUGAAACGUAGGGUUUUUUCUACCGGGUUAAUUCUGAAACGCCUCGGUUACUGCCGGUGCAACCCGGUGAAUUCUGUGAAGCGCCCAUACCUCACGUAACCUAACUUAUCAAAACAAAAACACAUCCCCUGGGCAUAAAAAAUACAUUAAAGUAAAUAAAACAGUUUAAUAGUAUCCAUUAAAGCUUUAAUGAAUAAAUUUAUCCAAAGCCUUACUAUAUUUGCAUCCUGAAAGUAAAUAACUAUGAAGCGCAAGUUGAAAUAUUUCCUAACUUUACUGUGGUUCACCUACCUGAUCAUAUCCUCGAUCCUGCUGUUUAAAAAGGGUUUUUUAUUAACUCGAGAGGUCCAGACGGAUUUUUCUAACUGUUCCAUUACCUUGGACGUCCCUUAUGACGGUUUACAAUCGAAGUACGAUGAGGCACAUAAUGUCUGUAUGAAAAUGAAGACCAAAGUGAUUUUACUUAUUGUCGAUGCACUCAGAUAUGACUUUACAGUGUUUAAUGAUAAUAUGAAUACAAAAGAGGCAAUGCCUUUCGAAAACAAGUUGCCAAUUAUCAAAGACAUUUUGGCGGAGAAGCCCGAGCAUACUCGUUUGUAUAAAUUUAUUGCUGAUCCACCUACGACCACUAUGCAGAGGCUGAAGGCACUUACGACUGGCAGUUUACCCACAUUUAUUGAUGCUGGUUCAAAUUUUGCUUCCUCAGAGAUAACUGAAGAUAAUCUUAUUGAUCAGCUGGUAAAAAAUGGUAAAACAGCAGUUUUUAUGGGUGAUGACACAUGGGUAUCUCUUUACCCAAACAAGUUCCUCCGUAACCAUUCUUAUCCCUCAUUUGAUGUAUGGGACUUGGAUACUGUGGAUGAUGGAGUUAGAGCUAAGCUAUUUCCAGAACUAAGUAAUACAGAUUGGGACUUGUUGAUUGGUCAUUUUUUGGGGGUGGACCAUUGUGGACAUCGAUAUGGACCAAAUCAUCCAGAAAUGGCCAGGAAGUUGGGUGAAAUUAAUGAAGCAAUUAGGCAAGUAAUUGAGACUAUGGACGACAACUCGAUCCUCUUUGUCAUUGGGGACCACGGAAUGACAGUUACCGGUGAUCAUGGUGGGGAAAGCCUGGACGAAAUAGAAGCGGCGAUGUUCGUGCACUCCAAACGUCCCCUACAGACCCUAAGCCGCAAAACUAGCGUCAAACAAGUGGAUCUCGUUCCCACUUUGGCCGCCAUCCUGGGAAUCCCUAUUCCCUUUCAAAAUUUAGGAAUUUUAAUCCGGGAUGUGCUACCGAUUGGUUUGAACCAGUCAAAUGCUUGGCAAAUGCCGUUAUUUUCCUUGUGGGGGAACUUAUUGCAAGUGGUGAGGUACAUUAGGACUUAUGAGGCGAACACUCAUACAUUCGACGAUAAAUAUUUGGAUUUGUAUUAUGAGGAGGUGGAAGAGUUAAGUGGGGCCCUGAAGGGGGUCGAUAACGUGGAGAAAUACGUGAAAUUCGCCGAGAGAUGCGAGCAAUUUAUGCAGAAAAUCCGUCUUUUAUGCGAAGAAGUUUGGAUCCAGUUUGACCCGCUUUUGAUAAGCAACGGUUUAACUUUCACAUUUUUAUCGAUAUUUUUUAUGUUUAUCAUCAGCGAUGGAAUUCCGUUGAAGCAUUUACCUUAUGCCAUCGAGGGUUCUUUUGUGACCGUGUCCGUUAUAGGUUUAUGCUUUAGCAUUAUACUUGUUGCAACUUUAGGUUUUUCCCGUAUAGUACAGGACGUUUGGUACAGCAGCGUUUUCAUUACAAACACGAUAUCGAACGUGCUGUUUCUGUUGCCGAUUUUUCAAAACUGGGGCGUAAUAAGCAUCAGUUGGCACCUGCGUAGUCAAAGUUACGACAUCGUAAACCUAAUCUGUAGAUUCAUAUUGAUAUUUAGCAUAUCCGGAACGUUUUCCAAUAGUUUUAUCAACGAGGACGCUAGCGUCACUUUAUUUCUGUUGGUCGGCGUGUUAAUGUUAACCUUACUCACUUUGGGAACUUAUUUGAAAACGGAUUUAAAUUUUAAGCAAAAAAUUGAUUUCUUGCAGGGGAAAACCUUCAUGAAGCUUCUCUUAGGGGCGUUUUUUGUCCUGGCGGUGCUUAGGGCCACAAUGUUCUUUUGGAGGUGCCGCGUUGAGCAGACGUGGUGCUUCGACUCUUCCCAUGAACUAUUUAACACGAUUAAGUUGAAAAGUGAGUCGUCAAAGUUGCAGUGGUGCUUUAGCGUGAUCGCCUUGACUGCAAUGACAAUUUUAGUGAAAACUUGGCUGCAAAAAUGUGGCAAUUUAACCAGCUUUUCCUUAACAGAAUUCACUACGAAAUUGAUCCCUAAGGUCAUGGUGGUCUGUAUUGCGGGUUAUUGGGUGCUACAGCGCCUGGUAAAAUCCAAUACUGCUGUAACGAGAACUAGCAACUACUUGGCCCUAUCGGUGUAUAUUUUAGCUAUUAUUUCCAUUAUAAUAUUACUAGCGAAGCCCGUUUGUGUCUGUAUUAUAUUCAAUAAUAGAGAGUUUUCCGCUUUUGCUAGCGACAGCAUUAUUUCGGAUAUUUUCAAUCAGAUUAAGCGCAAUUUAAAUAGGCAAGGGGAUGGGGGUAGUGUACCGGUUAUUUGUGGAUUAGGGACCUCUUAUAGUACUGUCUACGUUAUUUUGGGCACGUACGUGACACUUUUGUUAGGGUUGGUAUUGGGGGACGUUUUUGCAUUUUCUAUAGUGGGUAUGGUGGCGGUGGCGACGUUUUUCCUGUUUGUCACUAGCGUUUUGAGGAUUAAAAGGGCUGAAACUGUCGAUGAUCUUCUGAACGUGCCGACCGUCACCAUCCUCGGCUGGGCCUUAAUAUCCCAAUACUUCUUCUACGCCACUGGGCAUCAGCCGGCAUUCUCCAAUAUCGCAUGGGAAUCGGCCUUUGUGGGUACAUCCGGCUUAACCAGCAAUCAAAUUAUAUUGGGAACGUUGGUGUUACUCAACACUUUCGGCUCGUUCAUAUGGACCGGACUGUUGCUACCUUUGUUGGUCAUAGCACCGUUCACGGUACUGACGAUGGCGCCCUCUGUAUGCGGCAAACAGAAGGAGUUUUACGCUGAAGUGCAAAAGGGAGAACUCAUCCUGUACGAGAGAGAUAGACUUACUUUAUGCGGAUUGUUUGCUGUCAGUUGUAAAUAUAUCGCGGGGCAUACUUUAAGAGUUUUUGCUUGUAUGUUAGCAGCAACGAUCCACUGUCGCCAUCUGAUGGUGUGGAACGUGUUCGCCCCCAAGUUUAUUUUCGAGGCCCUAGCGCUCUUUUUCACCAUUUUAUCGGUUUUAGUUGGAUAUUUAAUAUUCACGAGGGUGAACUUCCAAGUUGAUAAGUUAAUAACCAAACUUAACAAAUUGGGUUAAUUUUUUAUACAGAAGACUGUUAAUUUGUAAGUAUUACUGCCAAAGUACUCUUGUCAGGUUGUCAUUGUAAAGAUUCGUUUAUUAAAUAAAUAUUAGUGUUAAAA